UCGGCCCAUUGGUCUGGGUUGGUCUCCAAGUCCAUAAAGAGUUAGGCAGGAUAGUGCUGAGGCAUCACUGGACAGCAUUAAAACAACCGUCUGUCCAGGGCUGCGUUACAGCCACCCACCGCAGCCCUCCUCUCUGCCACUGCAGUCCCACGUUCUGUACCACUACUGCCCUGCUGGCCGGAUUAACUCAUAGAACGGUGAAAAGACCAAACAGACAUCAUGUCUGAGAAAAAGAUGUCAUCGAGCCGCAAGCAUCAUCUGAAGAGCCUGAUGCUCCAGAUCGCCCAGGAACUGAUAGCGGAAGAGGAAGCCCAGUCUUUAGAGGACAGGAAACAGUACAUGAGUGAACAUAUCACUCCUCUGCAGCUCACAGGAUCCAUUGCAGAACUCCAGGACCUGUGUAAGAAGAUGCACCAGAAGAUUGAUGUGAUAGAUGAGGAGAGAUACGACCUGGGCAGCAAAGUUGGCAAAAGUGACAAAGAGAUUGAGGAUCUGCAGAUUAAAGUACAGGACCUGAAGGGCAAGUUCAAGAAGCCCGUCCUGAAGAAAGUCCGCAUGUCUGCUGAUGCUAUGCUCCAGGCUCUGCUGGGCUCCAAACACAAGGUGUCCAUGGAUCUGAGGGCCAACCUGAAGCAAGUCAAGAAGGAGGUCAAGGAAGAGGACAAAGAAUCUGUGGGUGACUGGCGUAAGAACAUCGAAGACAAAUCAGACAGAAAGAAGAUGUUUGAGACUAAAUCUGGAGAUCCAGAAAAGUAG